GAAGAACAGGAAGCGAACAUUUUGAGACUCCGACGCUUGUGUUGGUGUCCACUCCCUUCCUCCUGUGAAUGAAGCUGGCCGUACUCGACACGUUUGUGUUGCUGAAACUCAGGCAGGAGAGUCAGCUAACCUGAAAGCAGCGUGUCGUAUUUAUCUAAUAAUUUAGUCUUGGUCGUGAAAUCAGGAGAUUGCGAGGCAAGGGCGUGUUUGAAUCUCAAGUGUUGGAGAGACACUCUGCCUCCUCCUCCUCCUCCUCGUCCUCCGCCUUACUGGAUGCUAGCUCGGUAGCCUUUGCAUGUCGUUACACUCCUAGUUGAAGUUGUGUUUUAGUCGGGAUUUUUUUUUUAUUUAUUCGGAGGUGAGGAUAGAAGAAGAUGGGAUGUACUCUGAGCACGGACGACAAGGCGGCGCAGGAGCGGAGCAAGAUGAUCGACAGGAAUCUGCGGGACGACGGAGAAAAGGCUGCCCGGGAGGUCAAGCUGCUGCUGCUCGGUGCUGGAGAAUCUGGGAAGAGUACAAUUGUGAAACAGAUGAAGAUCAUCCAUGAGGCAGGUUACUCAGAGGAGGAGUGUAAGCAGUACAAGGCCGUGGUCUACAGCAACACCAUCCAGUCCAUUAUCGCCAUCAUCAGAGCUAUGGGACGCCUCAAGAUCGACUUUGCUGAUCCGGCAAGAGCGGAUGAUGCGCGGCAGCUGUUCGUCCUGGCGGGUUCAGCAGAAGAGGGAUUCAUGACAGGAGAGCUGGCUGGGGUCAUCCAGCGGCUGUGGAAGGACGGAGGCGUUCAGGCUUGUUUCAGCCGCUCCCGAGAGUACCAGCUCAACGACUCUGCAGCAUACUACCUGAACGACUUGGACAGGAUAUCCCACGGUGCUUAUGUGCCCACCCAGCAGGAUGUGCUGAGGACCAGAGUCAAAACUACUGGUAUUGUGGAAACUCACUUCACUUUCAAGGACCUGCACUUCAAGAUGUUUGAUGUAGGCGGACAGAGAUCAGAGAGGAAGAAGUGGAUCCAUUGUUUCGAGGGAGUCACCGCCAUCAUCUUCUGCGUGGCUCUGAGUGACUAUGACCUGGUGCUGGCUGAGGACGAAGAGAUGAAUCGAAUGCAUGAGAGCAUGAAGCUGUUCGACUCCAUCUGCAACAACAAGUGGUUCACAGACACCUCCAUCAUCCUCUUCCUCAACAAGAAAGACCUGUUUGAGGAGAAGAUCAAAAAGAGCCCUCUCACAAUCUGCUACCCAGAAUAUGCAGGCUCCAACACCUAUGAAGAGGCAGCAGCAUACAUUCAGUGCCAGUUUGAGGACCUGAACAAGAGAAAGGACACCAAGGAGAUCUACACCCACUUCACCUGUGCCACCGACACCAAAAACGUGCAGUUUGUGUUCGAUGCCGUCACUGAUGUCAUCAUCAAGAACAACCUGAAGGAUUGUGGCCUUUUCUAAAGGCAGCCAUGUGGCCGGUGUACGGAGUGACUUUAUUCAAGGGGACUCUGACUGGAGGGAACUUUGUGGACCCUGCUGAGAAUGUCACUUUUAACCUCUUAUUAACUUAUGUUCAUCUCUAAAAGUUUUAAAGACGGUGUGUAGAAAAAACAUUUUGUGUAAAAUAUUUGUACAACUGUCUGUGGCGGGGGAUUUUUCACGGUUUUUAAAAUGUGCUUGUUUUACCUUAUUAUCAUUAUUUCAAAUUUUUAUAUAAAAAAAGGGGGCCUUGACUUUUUUUUGUCCAUAAAUGAACACUUAUGUCUUUUUCUUUGUAGGUGCUUGUGCCUUGCAUGCCUUAGUUGCUGUGUUUUCUUUCUGUUGAGUUAGAUGUUAGGUUUAUGUAGACGUUACCAUUGAACUCUUCCCAAGCCGCCCCCGAGUCCAUAUUAUCUUUUUUUAUUAUUUUAUUUUGCCUGAUUAUUUUAUUGUGUCAUUAUUUUUUGCCUCCUUGGACAAACCAAGCAAGACCAAGUCACUCUGUAGACCAAUUCACUCUGACUCUGACAUACUGUGAGAGCUGUGUGUAAACCUUUUCGGAUGUGUGGUUUGCAUGUGUGCUGCGAGUGGGAGCUUUGUUUUGAUUGAGGCCAAAAGCUAGCAUGAGUGAUUUGUGUGUGUGUGUGUUUGUGUGUGUGUGUGUGUGUGUGUGUGUGUGUGUGUGUGUGUGUGUGUGUGUGUGUGUGUGUGUGUGUGUGAGUGAGUGAGAGAGAGAGAGAGAGAGAAUGUGUGCACAAUAUAAAACAAAGGGACUUUAUUCCUCUAUUUGUCAUCCUCUUUCAAAGUUUUUAUUUUUCUAAGCGACCAAAAAGAAGCUACUCUCAGUAAUUAACGAGUGCACGUUGUUGGUGCGCCGCCACAAACUGUAACAUUCCUGAUUGAUUCAUGAAGCAAAGAGAAGCUUUGAAAAGAGGAUGCCAAUGGCGGCCUUGUAGCAGACAGUAGGACCAUAUGUAGAUCUGUGUUCAGUGCGUAGACAGACAGACAGGGCUGGGUGCACUGUUACUGAUCACAAUGUGUGAUGGUUUCAAGUUACAUAUCCCCCCUGGACCCCCGACCCUCUGUUUCCAUUGGAUGGGCACAUUAGUGGACUAAUCUCCAUGAUUUUGCUAAUAAAAGAGCUGCUGUGGUGAAACCAUGGCAACUUAUGCAACAAA